CCGUGGAACAUCCUGCGAACUCUCAGACUCAACUAAAGUGUCAUCAGUCAGCAACGCAUCAAAAACAACACUUUUACUUCUGUCCUCACAUGAAAUAAUCUUGUGCCGCUGCAUUCUCCAGCUCCGUGCAGCGGCGGGACUUAUGCGUUUGGACGUGCCUCGGUGGGAUAUCCGGAAUGGGGAAUCCGUAGGAGGAGACGACGCUCUCUGGUGUAGUCCACAGACAGAGCGCGCACACAGGACGAGAUGGACUUUAAGAAGACCAAAUUUGGAAGAUUUAUGAACUGCAGAGUGCCACCCAGUAAAAGAUACCAGCCGACUGAAUACGAACAUGCAGCCAACUGUGCCACGCAUGGAUUCUGGAUCAUUCCCAGCCUCGUCGGUGGGUCGGUGCUGUACUUCCUGUCCGUGGACCAAUGGCAUCGCGUCGCCGCCUGGCUCUAUGGAAGCGGCCUCACCGGUCUAUUUGUCACCUCCACGCUCUUCCACACCGCUGCUUGGAAAAUCGGCCAUCUCCGGAAAGUUGAGCAGCGUUUCCACAUGUGUGACAGAAUGGCCAUCUAUUUCUUCAUUGCUGCCACUUACUCUCCUUGGCUGAUGCUGCGGGAGCUCGGACCUUGGGCCUGUCACAUGCGAUGGAUGAUCUGGGUCAUGGCUUUUGCAGGGUCCAUAUACGUUUUCUUCUUCCACGAGAGGUACAAGCUGCUCGAACUGUUGGGCUAUGUGUCCAUGGGGGUCGUACCGGCGCUGGUCAUCCUGUCUAUGGUGGAGCGUGCAGGUGUGGGCGAGCUGGCGGUGGGAGGGCUCUUGUACGCGGUGGGUGUGGUCUUCUUUAAGAGUGACGGCGUGGUUCCGUUUGCUCACGCUAUCUGGCACUUGUUUGUGGCAGCUGGAGCGGGCGUGCACUAUUACGCCAUAUGGAAGUAUCUGUACGUCCCGGGUCCACUGCUGCAGACGUCCAGGUGACAGGACGACGCUGUGGGACUGUGGUACAGCUGCUAUUGAACAAUAGGGACCAAAAACAGGACCAGACAAUAUCUAUAUGCAAAAUAACUACAUCAAACAGGGCAUUAAAGGCUAUCAGCACCACCCACUGUGUGUGCUACAGCCAGAAGUAUUUCUCUCACACAUUCCAAAUAUGUGCCAUUACUUAAAUUGGAGACAUUCCUCAACUUUGCACUGGCGCUAGUCUAAAAGUGACCAACUUUCAACAAGGUCAGUGUUUUUUUAUGAUCCCUUAACAGAUGUGCAUGUGUGCACAUCUGGACUUGCCUAAAACACUUAAUUCCACUGAUCAAAAGUGCUUUUAAACACACAGGCAUCAUGAGAGCUGGUCUGGUCCUGAUCCUGUGGCACAUUUUAUUUUGGAAUACAGAAAAUCAUUCUAUACAAACUGUUGGAAAACUAUAGUUUCUAAAUUUUAUUAUUAGAAAGAAUCACUUUAUAAUGAGACUUUUUCAACACUAAAAACUAUUAUUAGUGUAAAUGUUAUAUGUCUGAUAGAUUCUUAAAC